AUGGACCAAACUGUAUUCGAUGAUUUUACUCAAAAUUCUAAUACUUAUUGUCACUAUUCGGAUCAAUUGAAAUCGUCUCCGAUUUACGAACAAUCUACAGACAUUCGCAAUCAAAAUAUUUCGAACGAUUUUGGAAAUUCUUAUCAAUAUCAACAAUUUUUAUGUUAUCUACCCCCCAACGUUAAAUAUAUUAAUAAUUACUACGAAGAUAUAGGAAACGUCGAAGGAAAAGAAUAUUUGGACGCCGCCUCGUGUUCAGAUGAUUGCAGAGAUAACAGGGACGUCGAAUGUUUGACAAAACCACGGAAAGAACGAACGGCUUUUACGAAAAAUCAAAUUCGAGAAUUAGAAAAAGAAUUUUUACAUUCGAAUUAUUUAACGAGAUUGAGAAGAUACGAGAUUGCUGUUGCUUUAGAUCUAACAGAAAGACAGGUGAAAGUAUGGUUUCAAAAUAGAAGAAUGAAAUGGAAAAGAAACAAAUCUGGAGAGAGGCAAAUUAAAUCGAAACACGUUAAAAUUAUUUGA